AUGAUCCGACUACCUGUGAAUUUGUAUAAUAAUCCUGAUUGGAUGGGAUUUGCACUAUGUGCUGUUCUUUCAUUUCAUGAUCAUCCAAGUGACAUUCGUUUGAAGUUGGAAUCGAAUAUUUCUCAUAACUUCAGUAUCUUUUUGAAGACCGUAUUUGGUGUCGUUGGUCCAUUACUUCCCAGUAGCAUCACUGAAGAGAACAAAUUAAUUUCAUUAUAUGGAUAUUCAUUCAUUUGGGUAUCAUUCAUACCAUGUGGGUUGCUUUCACAUCAAUGGAGUCAAUGCAUCUGGGUUGAAUUCUUGUUUCUAAGCCAUAGUCCAGAUUUGUCUGUGCUGAAAUGUGGGGACAAUCUUGUAUACCAGCACAGUAUCAAAGAGUUUACACAUAUAAUAACUCGAUGCAUAACCUCAUAUGGUGACCAUUUGCAUUCCAUUAAUUACAAUGAAAUCGGUGGAACUAACCACUCUCAUGACCAUGUACACCAUCAAAGGUUGCCCAUUUCUCAGGGAGAGCUUAGUGAGGAUCCACACCCUCCCAAUCAAUUCCAUAGAUCUGGCCCAUUGGACUUUCAUCCGGCCACUUUGUACAAUUCCUGUUUCCCUCCGAAUAAAAUUCAAGAGUGGUUCACUCAUCAUGGUCGUGGGCACUCUGUGACAAUUGGCCUACCAACAAAUUUGUUCCGUGAUAACAAUUGGAUGGGAUUCGCUCUAUAUGCAUCUUUUUCAAUGCACGGGGAUGCAACUGCCUUCCUUAACAAUUUGUUUUCAAAAUUUUCUCACCGCCUACAUUGUCGUUUUCAAACGCAUGUGGCUGGUAUAAAUGAUCAAAUCCUUGUUUGUCAUACCACUGAAGAAGAAAUCAUAUGGUUACUUAGUCUAGGUGAAUUUAUUUGGGUAUCCUACGUACCAGGUAAGCCAUUUAAGGAUAUAUUGCACCAUCAGUGCAGUUACAUUAAGGCUUCAUUUGGAAGUGAUUGGCCAGGUGUGAGGGUGCAGAAAUGUGCACUUCGUUUUCUGUACCAACAUGAUCAGGUGCAGUUUGAGCAAGAACUAAGACACUCGAUUUCAACUUCAUGAUUUUUUGAACAUUGGGAUUCCAUCAGUUAAAUGAUAGCAGGUCAAGAGAAAUAAAUGAGUGAAACCCUGUUGAUUAGUUUGGAUUUGGAGGAAAUGUCAUACUCUAAUAAGGAGUUUGGAGUUGAAAUAUUACUGAGACUGUUUUUAUUAAUUGGAGACUGAUGAAACUAAGAUUCCCCUUGGCAAAAGCUACUUGCUGGUAAUUAAACAAAAGUACUAUUCCCUCUCCCUCUCUUUCACUUUCACUCAUUAGUCACAAUAUUGGUUCUUCACAGGGCUUUGAUCAAUGCCUAAUCUAUAAUACAUGUUUUCUUGGAAGUAAAAUGCUGGAGUGAUUCAGCCACCAGAGUGACCAUGAGCCCCUAGUGACAAUCCAAUUUACUCCAAAUUUGGACAAUCAUGGUAAUUAAAUAGGACUUGCUCUUUGUGCUUCUUAUGCAAAGCAUCUGGAUUUAAGAACUUCUUACCCCCUUAUUUGUCAUGUGAAAACCAACAUUGGUAGUGUGAAAUUUUGCCAUAUCUAUUGCCCAACUAAAGAAAAUCUCAUGAUGUCACAAAUAGGUGGAUUCAUUUGGUUGUCCUAUAUACCAUGUGGGUUGUCUCCAGAUUGGCUGAAACAUUGCAUCUGUAUUGGGAUUUCCUUUGCAACCAAUUGCCCAGGCUUGAUGGAAGCAUUUUUAUGAGGAAGAGUUUAAGAAAAUACUAAAGCAGUGGGUGAAAUUCUAGUCUGAUAAUUGGGGUAUCAUGCACCAUUGGACUAUUUAUAAUAGAAAUGGAAAUAAGUAAAAACGCUAUGUUGAAGCAAGACCUAGUAUGGAGAAGUGAGUUCUAGAAUAAUCUCUCCUAUUGGUCUGCUCACUGCUGCCUUCUCUUCUCAACUUAUUGGUAAGUCCUCCUCCCUCUAGUUUUCAAAUUUAAGUUAAUCCCAUAGAGUCUGUAGAUAAAUCUGAUGGAAACAUUCUUUGAGAUAUAGGACUUUGAUUGAGAGAUGAAACCCAUAGUACCUUGCAAUGACAAUUUUUUUUUUUAUUAAUCAUUUUAAAUUAUGAUUUUGUGAUUAGAUGAUGACAAAUUUUACCAUGGAUUAACUUGGGCUUACCUUUACAGUAAUUUUUUUUUUACAUUUA